AUGUCGGGCCUGCGUUCCCUGCACAUAGGCUGUGAAUGUUGGACGUUCUCUGUUUGCGCGCGGCCGAAGACUUUCCGAACUGACAAGGUGGCGACGGACUUGCUCGACCGCGUUCUGCUGAAAGAUGCCCUCAGCUCGGCAGAGUGUUUCGAUGAGCUUCUCGAGUAUUGGCAGUUUGAUGGGGGAACGAAUGAGGCCCAGGCCACCAGGGAGCUCAGUGUGCCCAUGGAGGAGGGGACUGUGGAGAUUCAGGCCGGCCCGUCUGGUCCAGCUGAUCAAGAAGUCGAGGCCGCGCAGGAGAUCGCAGCACGGCUCGCCAGCGAAGCAGCCGCUGCUGCCAAGGCCAGGGUGCGAUCCGGCACAGGGUCACAGGCCCAUUCCCAGAUCAGCCUUCCUGGUCUUGGCGAAGUAGCAUCAGUGGAAUCGGACCAUUCCACCGUCGUCCAGCCAGCAUCUGGUCGCUCCUCGUUUGCACAGGAGGUGACCACAAACCUGCUGAACCGGCUGCUGUCGCAACCAUACGCCCCGGCGCCUGCCCCGCAGCUUGCGCCCGAAGCUCCAGCGAAGCCAGAGGCUGUGCAGCCGGAGGCAGCUCCAGCGAAGCCGGAGGUCGUCCAGGUGGAGGCCACUCCAGCAAAGCCGGAGGCUGUGGAGGCAGCUCCAGCGAAGCCGGAGGUCGUUCAAGGGGAGGUGCCUUCAAUGCCGGCUGAACCGACCCCGGUCCCCUCGGAGGUGCCCUCCCCUACGUCGGCUAUAUUGGAGCCCGUUCACCCCGCCGAGGCGGGUGCUGCUGCUCAAGCUGCCGAAUCCCUCAGGGAGGCCCAGGAGAUAGCACAGCUCACCAACGAAGUGGCAGUGGCUGCAUACGCGGCGGCAGAGGUGCAGUCCAUUGAGGAGUCCCAGGCAAGCUAUCGUGGCGACAAUCUCACCGACGUGCUGCGGCCACAUUUAACUUGUGGAGGGCAUGAGCCCGGGUGGCUGAGCUUCGGGCCCAGGGCGGAGGGUAUCUAA